UUGUGCAGCGCGCAGCCGCCGCCGUCCUUUUGCAGAGCGGAAGAGACAGACACACGUGCGAAAGCAAUGCGACACAGGUCAGAUCCGGUCACCGCUGUGAAUUCCCGUCCCCAGCAAAUCGUUUGCGACCUCGUUUCCGACCGCACCGAUCAAAUGGGCGUGGCACGCAAUUAUAACGAGGCGAAGAAAGUAGAGAAAUAAGAACUACGUCAGAGAGACGGGACAGAGAAAGAAUGUCGGUUGCUAUGAACCAGAGCCUGUCCCCGACUAAACUGGAGACGGUGCAGCAAAUGUCGCCGUCUCACUAUCCCGACAAGCGCUCGUACGUGGCUGCCUACAAGAGAAUGGUUCAAAUGGUACUCGAGACACCAGACGACAGAGCUAAACUGCAGAAAUACCUAAAAGAAUUCCACGACACAUACAUUGUGGAGGAUCUUAUUGAGAACCUAAAGAACUUGCUGAAUGCUCCAAAGCGCCGACAGCUCUACUACGCCAUUAGGCCACUCGUUCCAAGUCGACUGAGGCAAGAAUACAACUCCCUCCUACCUCAUGUCCCCACAAAUGAGAGGAAAGUGGUGAAUAUCAAACAGACAGGAGGAGCUGGUUUUGGCUUCACUAUCCGUGGAGGAAGAGAGUUUGGAUGUGGCAUCUUUGUCUCAAGUGUAUUGCCUUCUUCCAAAGCUGCACAAAAUGGACUGAAGCCGGGAGAUGAGAUAGUUAGAGUGAACGGGCUAACGCUCUGCCAAGCAACCAACGAAGAGGUCGUGAACCUCAUCAAACUAAAGAAGACACUCCUCUUGACCUGCAAAAGUGUGGGGAUGAUUCCAGACCAGAGUCCUACCACAGGUGAGAUAACCUGGAUGACUGUAGUGCGAGACAACAAGAAGCACCACACAUCCAGCUCUCGACUGGCCACCCAGGGACCUAUUGUGAAGUGUGCUCGCAGAGUUCAAGUCAACAUGGAUGGGAGCACUGUACUGGGUGCUAGCAUAAAGACCAGCGCAGACAGCCACAGUGGAGUUCAUAUUGUGGACAUAACACCCAAUUCUGUUGCCCACAAUGCCGGACUUAAGGUUGGAGAUGAGAUACUUGAAGUGAAUGGACAGAGUUUGCAGAGCAUCUCUCAUCAGGAUGCCAUCAAGAUGCUCAAGUCCAGCGACACUCUAAUGCUCACCGUCAGAGUCGAAGAGUCGUUCCACAGAGGUCAACUGCACCACCAGUUUGCAAAUCCUCCGGCCGACUUUGAACUGAAGCCAAAUGAUUUUGACGUAGACGCAGAGUUGCUGCUGAGUGGGGGAGGAGACUCCCUCAACCAAUCAGGGACUGGGUUUGUCCUCAGAGCAAGGGAAAACCCCCACGCUGCAGAGAGAGCCAAGAGAGCAGAGGAGGUAGCGAGGAACAAGAACACGGCUCGACUCUCUCUCCUGGACAUGGAGAUCCAACAGGACAAGGGUGGGGCUCACAUGGCGUCGUCCGUUGCCUGGGGUUACGGCCCAGCCAUCGCCAUGCCGACCCUGGUGGGAAUGAUGGGCGGGACUGAGGAAUCUGAUAUGGGACCUGAUGGACAACAGGAGUCCAACCUACUGUGGCCAGCUAAUGAUCCCGACAACAGGCGAUCCACUGUGAUGCCUCCUUCUCUCAGCAACGUUUUCCAGGGACAGGCCUCUCACGGGCAGCAGCAGCUCCUCUCUCCCUCAUCCCCUCCUCACAUCCUCCCCAAACCCCCACCUCCUCCGCCAGCUCCCAAACCAUCGCGACCACGGAGUCCUCCUCCUCGUCCUCCCUCACCCAGUCCUCCUAUACACCGGAGAGAGCUGGCAGGCUACCAGUUCCCAGUGGAGGAAGACGAUGAGCAGUCACCCAAACACCAGCCACCCAACCUCUCCAAACAACCAACUGCCUCUGCCCUCAAGAAAAGCAGCCACAACUCUCCGGUAAAAUCAGUUUAGAGCGAGCAGAAUGUCAGUUGCCUUCAUAUUCAGCUAAGGAAUUAACCAGAACUACUUUGCUCCUUAAUAGCAGCUAAAAGUCAAAAAGAAGACUCCAGCAUUCAGAGAAAGGGUGGAGAUAAUCAAUGUUGAUGACGGGAACGGAAGGGGCAGCUCUGAUAAUCUGACUGAUUUCGUUCAUCCCCAGCAACAUGGAGGUACACAUUAUACUUACGUGUACACACACCUACUGAGACCAGAGAUACCUUGGAGACAUUGAAAGUGUCCUUUUAAUGAGGUGUCCCUUAAUCGGAGGUUAAUGUACGUAAUAGGAGAGAACUAAGUAUCCUUCCAUUCAGAAGAUCCUUUUUCAGAAGUAUUAAUGCCAACAUUGAUUAGCUGUCCAAACCCAUAACAAGCUGCUAUCCCAUAGAAAGUUUUUGUAGUGCAAUUUCUGUCAAAAUUGCGGUCCUUCACUAUAAAGCAAAAUUCAAGCUCCAAGAGGUGAGGUUUCUUCAACACACGCACACAUACUAUGUGAUACAGUUCAGUGAGGAAGUUCUUCAAGGAGAAGAGUUGCUUUCACACCAUCCCAAAGGAGGCCUCCCUGAAGAUUGCCAUUCGAGGUGGCCACAGACACUCCACUGGGAGGACAGAUACUCAUCUCCAGGAUUCUGGAAGGUGGAGCAGCAGAACAAUAUGGUCGACUGAAUGUGGGAGACCAGCUACUGGUGUGUGAUGGAGUCAGUCUUCUUGAGGUGACCCAUGACGAGGCCGCACAGGCUCUCAAAGAUGCCAUGGAUAUGGAGUCGAACUCUAUAGAUCUGGUGGUGGCAGUCAACCCUGACUUUGACACCGGAGAGAGCUAGUCAGAUCCCCACAGACCAUGUGGCCACCGAAAAGGGAGGAUACAGUACUGGAGGAGCCAGCCGCAGGAACCAGGCACGACUUUUCCCACUCUGCUCGUCGUGCCCACUCUGGUUUCACACUGAGAGGAAGGAUAACCAGGUGUCUGCAAAGGCUCACGCUUUUUCUACCAAGUUCCACUGGACAACAGUAUAUAGCUUAGGGGAGAGAAAACAUUAUGUAUACCAAACGGCUAUGUUUACGUUCAUGUCGCGCGCGCGCGCGCGUGUCACGCCACGCAGGGGGCUGGACGCGAAUUCAUGCCGCACCCACAAAUCGCUGGCACGCCCAAAGUAGUCGGGAGCUCACCACGAAGUCGUGUUUUCUCGGCAGCUAUUCGGAGCAAGCAGCAUCCAGAAGCC